AUGUUGUUUUCCUGGGUCAUGCUGAUAGGGUGUCUCGUCAUCCCCGGAGUCUCCGUGAAGCACGAGAACUUCAAGAAAUGCUCGCAGUCCGGCUUUUGUAAGCGAAACCGAGCGUUGGCCGAUGACGCCUCCGCUAAGGGCUCGUCGUGGAGCUCCCCGUACGAACUUGACCCUUCCACGAUUCACUUUCAAGAUGGUCAACUGCAAGGAACAAUUCUGAAAUCAAUUUCCUUGGACCAGAAGGUUGAACUUCCUCUGGUGGUAUCCUUUCUGGAAUCGGGUGCCGCUCGUGUCGUGAUCGACGAAGAAAAGCGACUGAAAGGCGAUAUCGAGGUUCGUCACGACAGCAAAGCACGAAAGCAACGGUAUAAUGAGGCGGAGAAAUGGGUCUUGGUUGGUGGUCUUGAAUUGAGCAAGUCUGCCGCUCUGAAUCCCGAAACGGAGGCUGGAAUCACCAAGGUCCUGUAUGGACCCGACAAUAAGUUCCAGGCCAUCAUCAGCCAUGCUCCUUUCAAUGUGGACUUUCAGCGUGACGGUGAGACUCAUGUCCAAUUCAACCACAAGGGGUACCUGAAUCUGGAGCAUUGGCGACCGAAAGUGGAUGCCCCGGAGGGUGAAGGGGAGAAGGCCGCCGUAUCUCAGGAAGAUGAGAGUACUUGGUGGGAGGAGACAUUUGGUGGAAACACUGACUCCAAACCUAGAGGCCCGGAAAGUGUUGGUCUGGACAUCUCUUUCCCCGGCUACAGCCAUGUAUUCGGUAUCCCGGAACAUGCUGACUCGCUCUCCUUGAGAGAAACUCGAGGUGGUUCCGGCAACCAUGAGGAGCCUUACCGCAUGUACAACUCGGAUGUCUUUGAGUAUGAAUUAAACAGCCCUAUGACCCUGUAUGGCGCCAUUCCUUUCAUGCAGGCACACCGAAAGGACUCCACGGUGGGUGUAUUCUGGUUGAACGCCGCCGAGACCUGGGUGGACAUUGUCAAGUCUAGUUCUUCCGUCAACCCCUUGUCUCUGGGCGUCGGAUCCAAGACCGAUACUCAGAGCCACUGGUUCUCAGAGGCUGGGCGAAUCGAUGUCUUUGUGUUCUUGGGACCCACGCCGCAGGAUCUCACCAAAACCUACGGGGAGCUUACCGGCUACACUCAGCUGCCUCAACACUUCGCUAUUGCGUACCAUCAGUGUCGCUGGAACUACAUCACUGACGAAGACGUCAAGGAGGUCGACCGCAAUUUUGAUAAGUACCAGAUCCCUUACGACGUCAUCUGGCUUGACCUUGAGUACACCGAUGACCGGAAAUACUUCACAUGGGACCCCCUCACCUUCCCCAAUCCGAUCGGCAUGGAAGAGCAACUCGAUGACUCCGAGCGUAAGCUCGUGGUCCUCAUUGACCCUCACAUCAAGAACAAGGACAAGUACACCAUUUCGGAAGAGCUGAAGAGCAAGGACUUGGCCACCCGGAAUAAGGAUGGCGAUAUCUAUGAAGGUUGGUGCUGGCCCGGAUCGUCGAACUGGGUUGACUGCUUUAAUCCCGAGGCUCUCAAGUGGUGGAAGACCCUCUUCAAAUACGACAAAUUCAAGGGCUCAAUGGGCAACGUUUUCAUCUGGAAUGAUAUGAAUGAGCCCUCGGUGUUCAACGGGCCUGAAACCACCAUGCCAAAGGACAACCUGCACUACGGUGACUGGGAACACCGUGACAUCCACAAUGUCAACGGUAUCACCCUAGUGAAUGCUACCUAUGAUGCCUUGUUGGAGCGCAAGAAGGGCGAGGUUCGUCGGCCGUUCAUCCUCACUCGAUCUUAUUACUCCGGGGCUCAGCGGAUGUCUGCCAUGUGGACCGGCGAUAACCAAGCCACUUGGGAACAUCUUGCCAUCUCCCUUCCCAUGGUCCUGAACAACGGUAUCUCCGGCUUUCCGUUUGCCGGUGCCGAUGUUGGUGGCUUUUUCCACAACCCGAGCAAAGAGCUUCUCACGCGGUGGUACCAGACUGGUAUUUGGUAUCCUUUCUUCCGCGCUCACGCGCACAUUGAUACUCGCAGGCGAGAGCCGUACUUGAUUGCCGAACCCGAACGGUCUAUCAUCGCCCAGGCAAUCCGCCUGAGAUACAGCCUUCUGCCGGCCUGGUACACUGCCUUCCAUGAAGCGUCGGUGAACGGAACGCCCAUCGUGAGACCGCAGUACUACGUUCACCCUUCGGACGAGGCUGGGUUUGCCAUCGACGACCAGCUCUACUUUGGCGCUACUGGCCUUCUCACCAAACCUGUUGUUUCCGAGGGGACCGACUCGGUGAACAUCUACAUUGCCGAUGACGAGAAAUACUACGAUUAUUACGACUACACCGUGUAUCAGGGCGCUGGACAGUCUCAUAAGGUCCCUGCUCCUCUUGAGAAAGUACCAUUGCUCAUGCAAGGUGGCCACAUCAUUCCUCGCAAGGAUCGUCCCCGUCGCAGCAGCGGAUUGAUGAGAUGGGACCCAUACACCCUUGUUAUCACCCUUGACAAGAACGGCGAUGCGGACGGAACCCUGUACGUGGAUGAUGGAGAGACCUUUGAAUAUGAACGUGGUGCCUAUAUCCAUCGCCGCUUCCAGUUCCACGACUCCACGCUAUCAUCCGAGGACCUUGCGACCAAGGGCCCUAAGACCGCCGAGUAUCUGAAGACCAUGGCGGAUGUUCGGGUGGAGAGAGUUAUCGUCAUUGAUCCUCCCAAGCAAUGGCAGGAGAAGACCAGCGUCACUGUCAUUGAGGAGGGAUCCAAGGCCGCAUCCACCGCGGCUGUGGAAUACCAUGCCCAGUCCGCCGGCAAGGCCGCGUAUGCCGUGGUAAAGAACCCUAAGGUUGGCAUUGGCAGGGCUUGGAAGAUCGAGUUUUGA